UUGGAAUCUCUAUUUCACUAGUAUUGCAAGGUUGAGCCUCCUCAUGUCUAGAUGCAUAGAUGGUAGAAAGCAGUUCAAGCUCCAUUCAGGACUAGCAGUGGCAUUCAUAACAGGUGACAUGUCUUAACCCAAGAACAGUACUUGGCACACUGUCAAAACGUGUUUUCAACCUGUAAAGGUUACCUGGCUUCUGCUUAUAACUGAUCAUUUCCUGAAAUAGGGAAAAUGGAGAGCCAUCAGUCACUUUUUAUAGCAUUGUAUAUUGAGAAGAAUUAUUGAUUGUGAACAUCUACUGCGGCUUGUUCAAACAGAUGAUGCAGUUUUUCCAUAUGUCAUACUUAGGGGCUGUCCAGUUCAGGGAUUGUUUUCACAUUGGUGGUAGGAAGGAGUGAAAGGUUGCUGUAGCUGCAUGGCCACACUGCUUUGAAAGAGCAGAGGCACAGAAAUACUGAAAACUCUACUUGGUGGAAGAGACUUUCUGGAAUUUUUUUUUUGCAGUCUUGCCUAUGAAUUGAAAUGUGCAGUGUUGCUGUGUUUGGAAAGCACAGCUUCAUGUGCUGUUACAAACUAGCAUUCCAGCUUGCUUGAAAACAACAACAAAAUGCUUUCCAAGUACUACUUCUGUUUUAAUGAGAGAUCUGUAGAAUUCUGGAGGAUGAACUGCUGGAACCCACCUCUGGGAAUGAAACAAAGAUGUCUUUAGUAGCAGAGUAGUUUAUGGGUAAGUACACCUGUGCUUUUAAAAACUCAGUGUUUCUCUGGAGUUUUGGCCUGGAUUAAUAUGGGUCAUGUGAGAUGUGCCUUAAGACAGUGUUUCUAGUGUUGAGAGCUACUUGCUGUAACUGUAUGUUCUGUUAAAAAAAGGCAAUUACUCAUCAUUCCCAACCUGUGUGCUCAUUUAGUUCUGACUCCCAAGAAAUGCUGUUGCCUGGCUUUGUAAUAGUCAGGGGGUUUUGUUGGAGAUCUUCAGCUGGGUUUUGACUAUUUUAAUUUAGAUUGUGAAGUUUCAAAAUGUUCUUCCCCAACAUCUCAUAAAGUGCCCCGCACCCCUGGGAAGCAACUCCCCCAUUAGCUGAGAGAGGUGGUCCAGAUUGUUGCUCCCGGUGACUUAUCUUGAUGGGUUUCAUGCCUGGGCAGUGGGACUAAACCUGUCCUGGGAGAGCCCUGGGAGGCAACCAGGCAGAGUGUCCCUUCCCUUGAGUCCCUAAUUUGGCUUCCUGCCUACCACUGUGCUCCUCUGCUCCUCUGGACUUGCAAAGACAGGCCUUUGAUGGGCUGGUGACUCUCCUGUGAUGCUCCUGGGAGCAUCGCAACAGGGUGUUAUUUGGGCUUCCCCCUUCCACUGUCUGUGCUCCUUUGGGGGCAUGUGGAGGAGCUUUUGUUGAGGAAGAAAUAUGAAACAAAGCAUCAGAUACUGGGGUGAAGGUAAGGACAGCGAGAGGACAAAGAGGAGCUUGAUGUCUUUGAAAAAUCUGUUAAUCCACUGAGCUUCCAGCUUUCUCCUGUGAUCUCUGGAAGCAGGACUGCUGCUGGGGAUCAUGUCCUCUCCUGAUGGUAGAACUACUGUCCUGCAGUCAGGAAGUAGAAGAGCAGCACAGGCAUAGAUUUCGUGUAAUUAUCUUGAGCAUUGCUCUUGUCCUGCAAAAAACUUGCUGUUUCUUGACACUGUAGUACUUCCAUGUGAGACAAAUCUAUGGAUCACAAGUCCUCAGUGAAAUUUCUGUGCAAGUUAUUCAGUGCAUACUGUAUUUUCAAGCCUGUGUGUUGUACUUUGAAGGUGAUAAAUCCUAGGGGAUUGGAAUGAUCUGCUUUGGCUCUGAAUUCUGUGCUCUAAGUUUGAUUUUCCUAUCAAUUGCCUUCCCCAUCCUGUGUGUAAAGCUUUUGUGAGGAUUUUUUUUCUUUCCAUGAACGCAAUAUCACAUCUUUUCUUUGCUGUUCUCCUUUGUGCUGAGUCAAGGAACUUUUUCAGGGAAUCCACAUUUUCUGCACAGACCAGUGUCUGUUGUCCCUCUGUUAUUCCACCUCUUGCCCUGGUAUUUUUCAUAUUAAAACCUAACAUACCGAUAACACAAAAUUACACAUCAGCUCUGCCUCUUCUGCCUUCCCUGUUGUUCCAUCCACUGUUUUGAUGCUCCUGCUUGCAUUUUCCUAUUAAGUCUUUACUAAAGUUUAAGACAAACCAGGUAAUGAAAUGUCAGCUGCUUUUUAAAGCAUAUUGAUUGUAUGUAUUCUUACUGCCUUUCUUUUCCCAAGCAGGUUCUCUGUAUUCUGAGCAGCUGUCCCAUUCUGGACACCAAAGUAAUGCCUUAAUUUCAGUGAUUGUCUGCAAUGUACGAGAGCAAUAACCAAGAUAAGCUGAUACUUCAGCAGAUAUAAAUAGUUGGAUUUAAAAAGCUUUAUCUCCUGACAGUGCUGAAAUCUUGUGAUUGGCACAUUUCCAGUUCACUGAAGUCUAAGCACAGACAGGAUUAUUGUGAGGCUGCUGGACAGUCAAGGUACUAGAGCAAAAUAGGUGAAGGUUAAACCCCCAGAAAUUUAAAAUAACUGUCUCCCAGUAAAGACUUAAAGGAGGCUCACGGUCACAGAGUAUUCUCAGGUGUCACAUUACAGUGGUGAUUGUACUGAGAAGCCAGGACUGGGAGCGUUGACUUCUCCAUGAGCUAGAUCCUGGGAGUGAAUGGUGAUGUGUGGGGAGAUGGGGAAGUUUUGAAUGAGUGGAGGUGUCCUCACAUGUGAGAUUCUCCCUGCAGCUUCCCUUUCCACUUGGUUGUGAUCAAAGUUUCCUUGUUCUGCUUAUGGAUGAGCAAAGUUAGGGAAGUGUCAUACUCAAACACAGGCUGAGUACAGUGUGUACAAACAGGGUGCACCUGCAUGCACAGCUGAUGGGAAGGGCUUGCUCCUGCAUUCUUCACCAGAGGGGAAAGUGGGCAAAAGUCUUGUGUAGCUUUAAAUCAGUUUAAUAUCAACUGGGAUCAAACCCUUAAAAAUUCAUUAGCUUAAGCACAGUACAGGGUUAACACAGAAUAUCAUAGUUGAGUUCAGGUUGUGCUGGUGCUUUAAAUAAAUCUUUUCUCCUUCACUUUCUGAAUUUCUUCUCAUUUUAACCCUGAAUAUAUACCUGGAUUUGUGGGUAACAUCAAUAUCCCUGUAAAACUUUCGGUCCUGAAAUUACUUCUUCCUAUGGUUAACUGCUGCUGCCUUAAUUUGGUUGUAUUUUAUGACCCCUGUUCAGUCCUUAUGAAACCAGACCCAAGUUUGGUGCAUUUUAAAAGCUGAACAAAAUGGUAGUUAGCAAUUGAAAAUUGUUCACUCGUGUCUUGUAAAGGGGGAGAGAUUAUCAAGUCCUGUGUAUACAUAUCAUAUCUUGUAUUUUUAUUAUCCAUAUUUCUGGGCAAAGGAUUUCUUGGCCAAUUUAAAAUAAAAUGUAGGGAUUAGAUUUGUGAGUGCCCAGAAAUGCCCAGAGGGGAGGGUUCAGCUAUGUGACGUGUGAAAUACCAAAGAGGCAGCCCUGAGGGUUUCUCUCCUGCCAAGUAGUAAACUUCAGAGGGAAAAAGGGAGAGGGAAUGUAAGCAAACCUCAGUGCCUGCUCCAUGGCUGGCAGUUAAUAAAGUGGAGAAGAUGAAUGAACCAUACUCUGAAGAAGUCCAGGAUUUCUAUACAUCUGACCUCAGGACACCCACACCAAAGCAAGUGAAUAUUUGGCCACAGGCUGAAAGGAGCAGCAGCAGCUCUGGAGUUUCCUUUUCUUGCCCACAUGUCUGUCUUUGCCUCCUCCUGUUGUGCCUGAUAGGCUGUGUGCUGGGACAUCCUCAGUGUCUAGAUUAUGGGCCACCUUUCCAGCCCCCUUUUCACUUGGAGUUCUGCUCUGCCUAUGAAAAAUUUGGCUGCUGUGACCAGGAGAGAGACAACAGCAUUGCAGCAAAAUACUGGGAUAUCAUGGAUUACAUUGAUCCCCGGGGGCAUAAGCUGUGUGGAACAUACAUCAAAGAUAUCCUGUGUCAGGAAUGUUCUCCGUAUGCUGCACACCUCUAUGAUGCAGAAAACCCUCGGACACCUCUAAGAAGCCUCCCAGGGCUCUGCUUUGACUACUGCUCCGAGUUUCAUUCCCACUGCCGCUCUGCCAUCCGCCUGCUGACGCGCGACAAGCACAUCCAAGAAUGCUGCGAGACAAACAGAACACGCUUCUGCAACCUCCUCCAACUGCACGACGAGGACUACUGCUUCCCCAACGUGCUGAGAAACACGGCCCUCAACUACAACCUGGGCUCCGUGGUGGAGGACCAGGGAGGCUGUAUCCAGCUCUGCCUGAGGGAGGUUGCCAACGGCCUGCGGAACCCGGUGCUCAUGGUGCAUCCCAACGACCGCUCCCACCGCCUGUUCGUGGCCGAGCAGGUGGGCGUCGUCUGGGUCUACCUGCCCGAUGGCAGCCGGCUGGAGGAGCCCUUUCUGGAUAUUAAAAGUAUAGUGCUGGCUACGCCAUGGCUAGGGGAUGAGAGGGGUUUUCUGGGGAUGGCUUUUCACCCCAAGUACAAGUACAAUGGGAAGUUUUAUAUCUAUUACUCAUACAUGGAUAAGAACCGAGUGGAAAAGAUCAGGAUCAGCGAAUUGAAGGUUUUGGCGUCUGAUGCCAACAAAGCUGAUCCACGCUCUGAAAGGAAUCUUUUGGAGCUUGAGGAACCAGCUGCAAAUCAUAACGGUGGGCAGCUGCUCUUUGGUGUAGAUGGCUAUAUGUAUCUAUUCACAGGGGAUGGAGGGAAAGCUGGAGACCCUUUUGGAAAAUUUGGAAAUGCUCAGAACAAGAGUACUUUGUUGGGGAAAGUUUUGAGGAUCGAUGUGGAUGGAAAAAGUCCUGAUGGAAAGCCUUACCGCAUCCCUCCUGAUAACCCGUUUGUGUCUGAUCCCGAGGCCCGCCCCGAGGUUUAUGCUUAUGGGGUCAGGAACAUGUGGCGCUGUGCAGUUGACAGAGGGGACCCUGUCACAAAAAAGGGAAGAGGGAGGAUAUUCUGUGGGGAUGUCGGGCAGAACCGGUUUGAAGAAAUUGACCUCAUUGUUAAAGGAGGGAACUACGGCUGGAGAGCGAAGGAGGGAUUUGAAUGCUACGACACAAAGCUUUGCCACAAUUCCUCUUUGGAUGACGUUCUCCCAAUAUUUGCAUACGGCCGCAGUGUGGGGAAGUCAGUUACUGGAGGUUAUGUCUACAGAGGAUGUGAAUCGCCCAACUUGAAUGGCCUUUAUAUUUUUGGUGAUUUCAUGAACGGUCGACUUAUGGCUUUACAGGAAGAUGAGAAGACAAAUAAGUGGAAGAAGCAGGAUAUCUGCAUUGGCAGCACAACAGCUUGUGCUUUCCCUGGAAUGAUCAGUUCUUACAGCAAAUUCAUCAUCUCAUUUGCUGAGGAUGAAGCAGGUGAGCUGUAUUUUAUGUCUACUUCUUAUCCCAGUGCCUAUGCACCACAUGGAUCGCUCUACAAGCUUAUUGAUCCUGCAAGGAGAGCUCCACCUGGGAAGUGUAAAUACAAGCCUGUUCCAGUGAAAACAAAGAGUAAGCAGAUACCGUUUGUUCCACGUGCAAAGACUGUCCUUGAGCUGCUUAAUGAGCCUUCAACAGCCAAGCCUCCAAAAAAAUCUUCUACCCUUCCUGCAGCCAUCCCAGCUGUUUCUUCUAAGAAAGCAAAUAAACCCCCAUCCACCAAAAUAAAAGCAUCAACAGUACAACCAGCUCCAUCUGGUAAAGAGAGAAAGAGAAUCAAAGCUGAGGCUAAACCUCACAAGCCAAGGCAGGGACAAAAGGUUGCACACAGCUCCAGAACUACACCAGCACCACCUUUGCCUAAAAGGAAGAGCUCCCACCUAGCCAGACCCAAGAAGGUUCUUCCGAAGAACGCAGCACUAGCUAAGGGAAAACUGGAGAAGAGGAGGAAGAAGCAGCUUUUGAAGCUUAGUGAUGUACCAGAAUAAGCAAGUCACUUGUAAGAUGGUGAAACAAAUGUCUUGAAUAGUGACCAAAUAAAAGAGAAUUUGACUGACUUA